AUGCUGAUCAAUGAGCAAAAGUUUGAUGCUGGAUUGACAUUUCAAUCAGGCUAUCCAGUCUUUAGCACGUUUUUGACGGCCAACCAUGUCAGCAAAAAGGAAGAUGCGGCUGCCACAGCAAAUCUAUCGGAGAACGAUAUCCAGGAAAUCUUGGAACUGGCCAAGGAUCCCAAUAUCGGAAACCGCAUUGUGCGGAGUAUCGCUCCAAGUAUCUAUGGACAUGACUUUUGCAAGAUGGCGCUGGCCAUGAGCUUGUUUGGAGCAGUGCCCAAGAACGUCAAUGACAAACACAGGAUUCGCGGAGAUGUGAAUGUAUUGUUGCUCACUGGUAAGGGCGCCAGUGCGGUUGGAUUGACAGCCUCCGUCCACAAGGACCCGAUCACCCGUGAGUGGACGUUAGAAGGAGGUGCUCUGGUCUUGGCGGAUAAGGGUGUUUGUUUGAUCGAUGAAUUUGACAAGACAGGAAUUGUGACAUCGCUUCAGGCUCGAUGCUCUGUGAUUGCAGCCGCCAAUCCAAAUUUUGCCAUUAGUCAAUUUGACAGAACUGAAUCUGGAUUUUAA